CUACAUUUUGUUUUCGUAAUAACAGCGUGAAAGUAAUUUUUUCAAUUUAUUUAUAAGAAAUUAAAUAAAAAAUGUCGCGCAAUUUGGUGUUUUAUGUGGCAAACUUUAUUAACCGUCUAGAGUCACUUUUGCCCAGAAUUUUUCAACAAAAUUCUGGAUUUCCUGCUUUGGCCUUAGCGGGCAUGCCCAGUACCUAUGCCGGUCGUUUUAAUCAAAAUACCCAAGAUUCUCAACGUUCCUUGAAAGACAUUAUAGGUGAUGGGAUUCUGUGGGCUGUUCCGAAACACAGACGCACUGUGGAGAAACGUUUAAAUCGCAAAUUUGGUUACCCAGAAUACAAUUGGAAACCAUUACGCGUCAAGACCCAUUUGCGUACUUGCAAUCAAUGUGGCCACGAUCAUGAAGCUGGUAUUUUGUGCCCCCAUUGCUAUAACAAAGUUCGUGAAGAAACUAAACAAAUGCAAGAUCAAAUACAACAACAAUUGGGCUUGAAUCCAGUGGAACAAGACGUUGUUGUCUUAUAUGAAGGAGAACGUUCCGAACAGCCUUCGGAAAUGUUAAACGGCAAACGUAUUGUGGAGAUGCCCAAACCUAGGCCUUUGUGGUUCACCAAAAAUCUUUUGCAAAAAACCACACAGCAGCCUUCUAAUUCCAAGGAAGUCAAGCCCAAUGACUUAGCUUAAAUUACAUUUUUAAACAUUUUUAACCACUAAUUAUAAUUGAAAAAAAGUAAAAGAAAUUGGAUUUAAUAACUUUAACAAGA